AUGCUUAGAAAUGGUGCAAAAGUUUAUGUUGUUAAUGGAAAAACAUUUAAUAAUUUUGGAGCUGCUUUAGAUUAUAAUAGAAAAAUUAACAGAUCUCCACAAGUAAGAAGAACAACAAAGAGACCAACAAGAAGACCAACAGGAAGACCAACAAGAAGACCUACUAGAUUACCUACUAUAUCACCUGGAAGAAGAACAACUAGAAGACCUAUAUUAGGAAGAACAACUAGAAGACCAGGACCUGUUGUAACACCACCUAGACAAACUAGUGCACCAACAGUAACAACGACACAAAAUCCUAUUGCUAUCUUAAAGAGAGACAUAUUAAACGAAGUAAAUAAUUAUCGUGCUCGUCACCAUGUUCCAAGAUUACAAAUUAGUCCUGAGUUAGAAAAAGCAGCUCAGAAAGAUGCAGAUGAAAUGGCAAGACAAAAAAUGGUAAUACUUGAUCCUACAAUGCCGUCUGGACAAAAUGUUAUUAGCACUGCAGGUUUUCCUAAAAAUGUAGUUGAACAAUGGUAUAAAACAAUUGAUAAAUUUGACUUUGCUAAUAAAAAAGUAAAAGGAGAUAACGUCUUCUUUGUUAAUUUAGUUUGGAAAUCAACAACUCAUAUGGGGUGUGGUGUAGCAGCAACGGAUGAUAAACAAACUUAUUAUAUUAGCUGUAGAUUUGAUCCUAAAGGUGAAGUAUUUGAUGACCAAAAAGUACAAGAUAAUGUUCUUAAUGUAUAA